AUGUAUUUCUGCUCUUGUGUUUUAUUGAUUUUAUCUGUGCGUUUUUAUGUUUUAUUCCAUCAAACUAUCGACUAUAGUGAACAUAAUGCUAUAUUCGAUCAAAUCGAGAGUCCUGGAAGUUGGCACAAACGUUAUUUCUUAUGCAAGGACGGCGGACAUUAUCCAUCACGACCAUUAUAUGCCUGGACAAAACACGGCUAUAUCUGUUACAUUCUUCCACAGAAAGACCUUACAAUCUAUGUGGAUGUUGAGCUAAAUCCAGGGCCUAUCAGAUCGUUUAAUAACUGUCAGAAUAUUUCGGGGCAGACCAGUGUAUUACAUAGUCAGAACUGCUAUCGAAAUGCUGACAUUACAACAACAACAACAACAACUGGGUCUGGGCGUCAUAUGUAUGACAAUAUAUUAUUACAAUUGUCGCAUUUACCGGCGAACAGUUUGUGUUUCUACAAUAAUCGUAUUCCGGCUGGAGCCGCUUUAGGGUGGCCAUAUGUUUGCAAAACUAAUCGAAGCUAUCGUGGUAAGAGAAGUGGGAAAAAAGUAAAGCAGAGGGAAGCCUCGAAGUAUUUUAAUAUACAAGUUAUCGGUAAUUCACCUAUGGUACAAAGGUCAAAGAAAUUUGCAUAUAAUUCCACGCGAAAUUAUUAUUAUAAUAAUCUCGUACAAAUUCCUCUGGAAUCUAAUGUUUCAAAUUGCGGACCUCGUUUACGGUUUGCGGUAUGGAAUGCACGUUCAAUUAAAAACAAAAUAACUUCGCUAUGUGACCUUGUUAUCUCUGAACGUUUGGAUAUAUUAGCUUUAACUGAAACGUGGUUGACAGGCAGCGAUAGUUUUGUUAUUGCUGAUCUCACAAACACUUUGCAAGACCAUGAUAUUUACCACUUGCCAAGGACAAACAGGGGUGGUGGAGUAGCAGUCAUUGUACGCAGAGGUCUUACCAUAAAACAAACGGAAUCUUGUAUAUUUCAAUCUUUUGAGCAUCUUGAUUUAAGUGUUACCUUGGCGAACAAGACUUUUCGUUUACUGACAAUUUAUCGGCCGCCACCAUCAAGGAAGAACAAACUAACAGUUGCACGUUUCUUUUCUGACUUCUCUACAUUGCUCGAAGGUAUUACAUCAGAACCAAAUAAAAUUGUAUUGGCUGGGGAUUUUAAUUUUCACAUUGAUAACCUUACUGACACUAAUGCACAGACUUUCACGGAACUGAUUGAUUCUGCUGGUUUACAACAGCACGUUACUGGUCCAACACAUCGACGUGGCCAUACGCUAGAUCUUGUCUUGACUCGUUCUGACGAUAAUCUAAUUUCAAAUUUGACUGUUUUGGGAGAAUCAUUAUCUGACCAUCAACCUGUUUUGUGUAACAUCGACUUUCCCCGCCCGCAUGCCACCCGUAAAGCUGUUCUUUUUCGAAAGACUAAAAACAUUGACAUCACAAGAUUUCAGAGUGAUAUUGUGGUGUCCUCACUAGUGGAAAAAGGUUCUGAAGAUGCAACAAAUUUGGACACCCUAGUAACACUCUAUAAUGAUACUCUCUGUUCACUUCUCGACAAACAUGCUCCGAUACAAUCAAGGAAUAUUACUCUGAGACCACACUCUCCUUGGUACACGGAUCAACUACGGCAACUAAAACGUGAGAAACGACGGUUGGAGAGACAAUAUGUAUCUACCACCUUAACUGUCCACAAGCAAAUGUACCAACAGGCAUGUGCUGAGUAUGCUCGUUCACUGGAAACUGCCAAAGUAAAUUAUUAUACGACCAAAGUACAGGGGUGUAAUAAAAAACAGUUGUUUAACUUUGUCGAUGAAAUGCUGAAUGUGAAAACUACUCCAAUUCUACCAAAACAUGAAUCCACCGAGGAUCUAGUUGAACAGUUCAGUGCACAUUUUGAAUAA